UUGCUGACAUUCUUUGUUCUCUAAAGAAAAAAAAAACCAAACCUUUUUUUAAUGAAAGAAAAAGUACUAGCACAUCACUAUUACACAAUCACAUAACCUAAGAAAGAUAGACACAGCAAGUUAGUGGUGUUUGUGGCUCAGAUUUAACCAUAUCAAAUACAGCACAUAAGCACAAACAACCCAUCUUUAAUGAAGAAGAAGAAGUAAAUCGACAUUGGUUUAAUGGAGAAUCCCAAUGGCGUUUUGUUAGAACCUGAUCUUGUAGGUGGUGCUGUUAACUACAGAGGAGAAGCAGCCGUUAGAUCCAAAUCUGGUUAUUGGAGAUCUGCUUGGUUCAUCAUAGGUGUGGAAGUGGCAGAAAGAAUUUCAUUUUAUGGAAUUCAAGGAAACUUGAUAUCAUAUCUAACAGGACCACUUAAUGAGAGCAUUGCAAUAGCUGCAAAGAAUGUAAAUGUAUGGGUUGGAACAGCUUCACUUCUUCCUCUCUUAGGUGCUUUCGUCGCUGAUUCUUUUCUUGGACGCUACCGUACAAUCAUACUCGCUUCUCUCAUUUAUAUCAUGGGAUUGGUGUUGUUAACAUUAUCAGCCAUGCUUCCUUCCCUCACUAAAUCUAAAUGCCAAGUUGAUAGUAAAUUCAUAUUAUGCUCCCAACAUUCACAAGUAAUCUUAUUCUUCAUCUCACUCUAUCUAGUUGCCAUUGGACAAGGUGGACAUAAACCUUGUGUUCAAGCUUUUGGCGCGGAUCAAUUCGACGAACAACAUCCAAAGGAGCACAGGGCCAGAAGCUCUUUCUUUAAUUGGUGGUAUUUUACGGUGCUUGCAGGUUGCACGUUGAUAAUCUCGAUCUUGAACUAUAUACAAGAUAACUAUAGUUGGGUUGUUGGAUUUGGAAUCCCUUGUAUUGUAAUGACGAUUGGUUUGCUUGUUUUCUUGUGCGGAACAAAGACAUAUAGGUUUAACAUUAAGGAUAAUGACAAGAGUCCUUUUCUUAGAAUCGGUCGUGUAUUUACCGCGGCAAUAAGAAAUUGGCGAAAUACCUUAUCCAACACAUCUAUUGAUGAUGGAAUGCUUCUGCGUCAAGGUUCUGAACCGUUCAGCUUCCUCAACAAGGCAUUGCUAACACCAAAGGGAUCCAAAGAAGGUAAUACUUGUAGCCUUGUUGAGGUGGAAGAAGCCAAGGCAAUGCUAAGGUUGGUUCCAAUUUGGACUACAUCUUUGGUUUACGGUAUCGUCUUUGCUCAAGUUUUUACAUUCUUCACCAAGCAAGGCAAAUCUAUGAAGAGAACAAUAUUUCCCGGUUUUGAUAUUCCGCCUGCUUCACUUCAAUCGAUAAACGGUAUCGCCAUUAUUCUCUUCAACCCUAUAUACGACCGCAUAUUUGUGCCAGCAGCACGAGCUAUCACCGGAAAACCCUCAGGGAUCACAAUGCUUCAAAGAAUUGGAACUGGAAUAUUUUUAUCCAUAUUCACAAUGUUAAUUGCUGUCUUUGUUGAGAAUAAGAGACUAAGAAUAGCACAAGAGUAUGGUCUUAUUGAUGAUCCUAAUGCAACUGUGCCAAUGAGUUUAUGGUGGUUGAUUCCUCAAUACUCUUUGUUAGGAGUUUCUGAGGUUUUUACUAUGGUUGGUCUUCAAGAAUUUUUCUAUGAUCAAGUCCCAAAUGAACUAAGAAGCAUGGGGCUUGCACUCUAUUUGAGUAUUGUUGGUGUUGGAAGCUUUCUUAGUGGCUUUCUCAUUUCUCUAAUUGAAAAUUUGAGUGGCAAAGAUGGUGAUGAAAGUUGGUUUUGUGACAACAUCAAUAAGGCACAUUUUGAUUACUUUUAUUGCCUUCUUGCUGGAUUAAGUAUGGUGGGGUUUACUUUGUUCCUUUAUUUUGCAAAAUAUUACACUUAUAAUCACAAAGGUGCCAUCACACAAACAUAAUCACUCUGUAAUUUUUCUAUUUUGUCAUAUUUGUCUACGAGGCCUGUUUGGUAUGAAUGAUACAUUAAUGCAUUGAUAACAGAGUUAAAGUUGUUAAAAUAUGUUAGUUCAUA